UUCCUCAGCUUCAAGUGGAACUAUGAGCAUGUGGCAGGACAUUUUUGCAGCGAAGAUUGAAGAAAUGCACAUAACAGAUCUGUGGACACUCCUGAAGGAUGAUGCCCUGCAGCUGCAGGCCUGCAGGCCUGGCUGGAAGGAGUUUGUGCAGCGCCGUGCUCUUGGCAGGUUUCAGUGCUCCCAGUGCUUUCAUAACUGGUCUUCUGCCAAAGUGCACGUCCUGUUCCACAUGUACCACUGCCCAGGCGGGGGCACGGUGUGGAUGCGAAUCUUUCGCCAGAAAUGCAGGCGCUGCCCUAACUCCCGGCUGGAGGAUCCUCAGUUCAGCCUGGACACUGUGGAGACAAUUCUGCACAACCUGGUGAUAAAGAUCCUCCAGUACUUCUACAAGAAGCCUGUCCAGCCCUCUGACCUCCUGGAAGUGGUGGUGGAUACACCGGUGACGGGGCCACACGACCGUGCCCACUGCGAGGCCUGCGAGCUCGGCAUUUGCAGCAGGGCCCCGGCGCUGGAUGCCUGGAAGUCCUGGAUGGAUGAGGACGAGGUCAGGAUGCACAGCAGCAAGCCAUGGCUGGUCUGGCCAUCAGAUGUCUGGGAGUCCUUAACAAAUAUGGGGGAGGCUGGAACCCAUCACACGGGGUCACAGCCAUCCCUGGGAUCAGAUGACUGCAAGCCCUUGGUUGGUGUGGGCAAGGCCAGGACCCAUCGCACUAAGUUGAAGUCAGCCCCAGCACAGGUUGCCCGGAGUAAAAAAGAAUCCAGGACCUCUCAGACCCCAAAACACCAGGGCUUAAGGGCCCACAAAGCCUCGACCCACCACCCCUCACCCUCCAACAGCAACUUCUCCUGGAAAUGGUGCUGCUGCAUCAGCAGCUCUUUGCUCUGUGUUUUGGCACUGGUCAUCUUCAUUGUGCUUUAUUUUACCAUCAUGUAGAGGGACCUGGGGAUCACAAAGAGGAGCUGGGGUGAUGGCUAGGGAAGCUGAGGAACUGCCUGGAAAAUUGGAUACCCAAGGCCAGCCCUUGCUCUUGAUUCAGCAAGCUCCCCAGCUCCUGGUGGCAUAGGAGCACACUGGGAUGCCUCGGCCAGACACUUUGUCCAACAGCCUUUGGAAGACUGAUGGGUCUGAUGGAUUCUUAUGGGACAUAUUCUGUAUGAGGAUGAAUCUCCCAGCUACCCCAUGCACAGGAUGAGGUUUAUUACUUGCAAGGAUAACACAACGCCCUUCUCCUCAGCCCAGGAAUGCAUUUGUGCUUUUUAAUGUCUCAAAAGAUUUUUCUGGGUGUGGGCAUCUCAAAGGGAAGCCUUGGGCUGUUUUUAUCUCCCAGUGGAGCUCUGCUUCCAGAGAGGCACAUGCCCAGUCUGCCCUGCCUUUGGCCAGCUGUCUGGGUACCCUGCAGAGGGGGCAAAGGGUGCCAAACUUGGCAAGUGCAAGAAGGCUGUGGCAGCAAGUCCAAAGUCUAUGCCCCAGUUAUGCAGAAAUUGCAAAUAUUGGGCUACAGGGUCUGGGCAACCGGGAAGAUGCAGACUCUUGCCUUCUGCUACUUCACCCUUCAGGGCUUUAGGGACCUGGUGGGUGUCAUAAUGUUGGGAGAAAACCUGCUGUCCCCAUGCAGCCUAACACUCUGACUCUUACCUUCCCUGCAGGGCAGCUGGGCUCCGGCAGAACUUAGCUUUGGGCACAGCAUGUCCUGUGGCCACAAGUGAUUUCAGCUGGGAUGGAGAAAAUUUUCUUCUUUGUAGCUGUUACUGCACUGUACUUUGGAUUUAAUAUGGGAAUAAUAAUGUUGAUGUUUUAGUAGCUGCAAGUAGUGCUUACUCUAAGUCCAGGACUUUUCUGUUUCCUGUGCUCUGCCAGUGGAGCAGGUGCACACGGAGCUGGGAGGGAGCACGGCUAGGACAGCUGAGCAGAACUGGCCCAAGGGACUUUGCACACCAUAGAUCAUCCUGCUCAGUGGGUAAACUGGAAGAGUUGGCUGGGAUGGGCUGAUUGCUCUGGGGGAUGGGCUGGACAUCGGUCAGAGGGUGAUGAACAACUGUAGUGUGCAUCUCUUGUCUUUGUUAUGUCUCUCUAUCUCUCUGUUCAUGAUUGUUAUUAUUAUUAAUAUUUAUUUUGUUUCAAUUAUUGAACUGUUCUUAUCUCAAUUCACAGACUUUACCCUUUUCCAAUUCUCCUCCCCAUGCUACUGGGGCAGGAUGGUUUGACUGAGAGGUUGUGCUGUGCCUAGUUACUGGCUGAGCUUAAACCACAGCAACUUGAAUAAACUUUUGAAAUAGCCUGUAGCCUGUUCAUCACAAGCGACCAUGGUUACCAAGGUCAGUCUUCCCCGGGAUCCUGAGGUGAGCAAGCAGUGGUGGGGAGGUAUGGUGUGCCCUGUGAGAGAGAGCAUUGUGAGGGCUGUCACCAGGGAGUGCCCUUGGGAUACCAGGGAUGCCAUGCGAAAUCCAUCUCCAUGGGGCCACAGGAGAAUCCAGGAGAUGCAGCCACGCUGCUUACCUGAGU